GUUACGCAAGCAUUUAGCAUUCUUCGGUUACCUCUUUCGUUUCGCUGACACAUCAUUGUAGAAGACAAGAAAUUACGAAAUGGCUGGAGGCAAGGCAGGAAAAGAUUCCAAAACAAAGGCGAAAGCCGUAUCAAGAUCAGCUCGCGCCGGCUUACAAUUCCCCGUCGGUCGUAUUCACAGACAUUUGAAGAAUCGCACAACAAGUCAUGGUCGAGUCGGGGCAACUGCAGCCGUUUAUAGUGCAGCUAUCUUGGAAUAUCUCACGGCAGAGGUUCUUGAGUUGGCUGGAAAUGCUUCGAAAGAUCUCAAAGUGAAACGUAUCACGCCCCGGCAUUUGCAACUUGCAAUCCGUGGUGACGAAGAACUUGACUCGCUUAUCAAAGCUACUAUCGCUGGUGGUGGUGUCAUUCCUCAUAUUCACAAGAGUUUGAUUGGCAAGAAAGGAACAGCGAAACCACAGUAGUUAGAAACCCAAAACAUAACAUCCACAUAAAUAUCUCGUUACCGUUCGCCCUCUACUCCAACAUAUGCACAUGAUGGACAAAUGUAUAUUAGGUUCCAUGUAUAUUUUGUGGUUCAAAGACAAGAUUUGGGACACUUUAAUUUGCGAACAUUUGUUAUUUAAUACGUAUGUGUAGUGUUUUAGGGGUGUGUUGUUUUUAUCUAAACCUGUACAGCUUAAUCAGUGUAAUAUCUUAGUAUUAAAGUUUCUCAAAAAAA